AUGGCGACAAGACAAGCGCAGAAAAGGCUGACAAAAGAGUAUAAGUCAAUGGUGGAGAACCCACCUCCAUUCAUAAUAGCACAACCCAACGAAGACAACAUUCUGGAGUGGCAUUACGUGAUCACAGGCCCACCAGACACGCCUUACGAGGGUGGCCAGUACCAUGGGACUUUAGUGUUUCCAUCGGAUUAUCCCUUCAAACCUCCUGCCAUCAGAAUGGUGACACCAAGCGGGCGUUUCAAGGAGGACACUAGGCUAUGCCUUUCAAUGAGUGACUACCAUCCUGACACAUGGAAUCCGUCUUGGUCCGUGUCGACUAUUUUGACCGGUCUGCUGAGUUUCAUGACCAGCGACGAGAGCACCACUGGUGCUAUCACGACAACAUCGGACCACAAGAAGAAGAUGGCGCGCGUAUCCAAGGAGUAUAAUGCUUUCAGGAACGCAAGGUUCAAGGCUGUUUUCCCUGAGCUGGUCAAAGAGAAUAUUGCAUAUCUCAACGAGCUGAAGAGGAGCGGAGAAACUAAGGAAGAAGACGUAGACAAAGACGUUCUAGAGGAGGCGGCCAAAGAGGAAGCCGUCAACAUUUCGGAUAUUACAGACCCAGAGGACAGAAUCAGAGCUCAGAAAGAGCUUGAAAAGUUGAAAGAGCGUCAGAGCGGUGCUGUGAAGCCUAACAACGGAAGGCCUUGGCUAUACGUUUUCUUCGCAGCAACACUAUUCAUGUUUUGGGCGCUGUCUUGA